UUUUUGUUUAUGUCUGAUUGCGUUGGGAUUGUGGUUGUAUGGUGGUGACUUGAUGAGUGCUGUAUAUCCGAGGUUAUUGUUUUAUGAAAAUUCUCAGUUUACUAUGACAUGGUCUGACUACUGAUUAUUAUUUUGAUUGUAUGCCUUUGAAUUCCCAGUUGAGGCUGAUUAAAAUUAAUUGGAAAUUUGAAAACAAGCUUCCGAGUGUUGAUUCAUAUGCUCUGAUUUAAUUGGUAAGGCAACCAUGAGGGGCAUUCUUUCUUUAAAGAGGACAGCCUUGGUUAGACAUCAUAAUGAGAAGUUGGGCCUGGGUUUCAGAUUAUUUAGCACCCAGGGUGCUUCAACUGCUAGUACUCCACAGCCUCCACCCCCACCUCCACCUCCAGAGAAAACCCAUUUUGGUGGCCUUAAGGAUGAGGAUAGGAUUUUUACCAACUUAUAUGGGCAGGGUGAUCCUUUUCUCAAAGGUGCCAUGAAACGGGGUGAUUGGUAUCGAACUAAAGAUUUAGUACUUAAGGGCACUGAUUGGAUUGUGAAUGAAGUUAAGAAGUCUGGCCUCCGUGGGCGUGGUGGUGCUGGUUUUCCUUCUGGCCUCAAAUGGUCAUUCAUGCCAAAAGUAUCUGAUGGCCGCCCUUCCUAUCUUGUCGUUAAUGCUGAUGAAAGUGAACCUGGAACUUGCAAAGACAGGGAAAUUAUGCGGCAUGACCCGCAUAAAUUGAUAGAAGGUUGCUUGAUUGCUGGAGUGGGAAUGAGGGCUAGUGCUGCUUACAUCUAUAUCAGGGGUGAAUAUGUAAAUGAACGUAUAAAUCUUGAAAUUGCUAGGAAAGAGGCUUAUGCAGCUGGUUUAUUGGGUAAGAAUGCUUGUGGCUCAGGCUAUGAUUUUGAUGUUCAUAUCCACUAUGGUGCUGGAGCAUAUAUUUGUGGUGAGGAAACAGCCCUCUUGGAGAGCCUUGAAGGGAAACAAGGUAAACCAAGAUUAAAGCCGCCUUUCCCAGCCAAUGCAGGAUUGUAUGGCUGUCCCACCACUGUAACAAAUGUGGAAACUGUGGCUGUUUCUCCAACCAUUCUAAGGCGUGGGCCAGAAUGGUUUGCCAGUUUUGGUCGGAAGAACAAUUCUGGGACAAAGUUGUUUUGUGUGUCAGGGCAUGUGAACAAACCUUGCACUGUUGAGGAGGAAAUGAGUAUACCACUGAAGGAGUUGAUAGAGAGGCACUGUGGAGGUGUUAGAGGAGGAUGGGAUAAUUUACUUGCAGUGAUUCCAGGAGGAUCAUCUGUUCCACUGAUUCCAAAGAAUAUAUGUGAUGAUGUUAUGAUGGAUUAUGAUGCAUUGAAGGCUGUCCAGACAGGGUUGGGGACUGCAGCUGUGAUUGUGAUGGAUAAGUCUACUGAUGUUGUGGAUGCUAUUGCAAGACUCUCCUACUUCUACAAGCAUGAAAGCUGUGGGCAGUGCACACCAUGCAGGGAGGGUACAGGAUGGCUUUGGAUGAUCAUGGAAAGAAUGAAAGUUGGGAAUGCCAAGCUAGAAGAAAUUGAUAUGCUUCAGGAAGUGACUAAGCAAAUUGAAGGGCACACAAUCUGUGCCUUGGGUGAUGCUGCUGCAUGGCCAGUGCAGGGUCUUAUCAGGCAUUUCAGGCCAGAGCUUGAGAGAAGGAUUAGAGAGCAUGCAGAAAGAGAGUUGCUGCAGGCUACUGGUUAGGCUUAUACCAAGGGGUGUGACUGUACUGAUGGAUAACAAGAGUCAAAAUAAGGCGGUGGCUGUCAUUCUGGAAAGAUAAGUGGGUCGGGUUACCAUAGAUUUAUCACUACUUUUAUUUACUUUUAUGCUGUAGAAUUAUGGCUGGACCAUACCAGAAAAACUGCCUGAGCGAGUAUAAAUCAUGUUGCCUGAACUUGUCAUUUGGCACAUUUUCAUGUAAUUUGUUAAUAAUAUCUGUAUACUUUCAUUAAUUUUGAAUAACAAUUCAUGUUUAUGUU